CGCCCCAUCAUGGUGUACGGGCAGAUCCUGCACCGCUGCGGCCCGGACGAGAACUUCCUGAACCUGAACGUGGGCGGCUUCAAGCAGAAAGUGUCCCGCUCGGUCCUCCAGCGCUUCCCGCACACUCGUCUCGCCCGCUUGCUCCCCUGCAGCUCUGAGUCGGCCAUAUUGGAGCUGUGCGACGACUACAGCGCGACGGAGCACGAGUUCUACUUCGACCGCAACCCGCGCUUCUUCCGCUACGUGCUGAACUUUUACCACACGGGCAAAAUCCAUCUGAUGGAGGAGCUGUGCGUGUUCAGCUUCAGCCAGGAGCUCGAGUACUGGGGCAUCAAGGAGCUCUAUCUGGACUCGUGCUGUAGCAACAAGUUCCACGAGCAGAAAGAGUGCGAUAAGGAGCACGACUGGGACCAGAACGAGGACGAGCAGCUUCAAGAGAGCUUUGACUCCUCCAUGGAGGAUCUUUCAGAGCUGGAGAAGGACCUGGAGAAGUUUGAAGGCACCUGGUGCGCGGAGAAACGCAAGCAGCUGUGGCUGAGGCUCGAGAAUCCGGGACAUUCGCUCACGGCUAAGAUGCUCGCGGUGGUUUCUCUGAGCGUGGUUCUGAUCAGCAUCGCGGCCAUGUGUGUUCACAGCAUGCCCGAGUUCCACCAGGUGGACGCUAACGAAAGAGCCGUGGAGGAUCCGGUUCUCGCCGCGUUCGAGACCUUUUGCGUGCUCUGGUUCACGUUCGAGUUUGUGGUGCGCUUAGCGGUAGCACCGCGCCUCCGUAAAUUCGCCAGCAAUGCUUUGAACAUCAUCGAUUUUGUCUCCGUGGUCCCGUUUUACGCCACGCUGGCACUGGAGCAAGCAGACGCCGAGGAAAGCGAGGAGCUGGAGAACGUAGGGAAGGUGGUGCAGAUCCUCAGGCUCAUGCGCAUCUUCAGGAUACUGAAGCUAGCGCGUCACUCGGUGGGACUCCGGUCUCUCGGCGCGACUUUGCGUCACAGCUACCACGAGGUCGGCCUGCUCAUCCUCUUCCUCUCCGUCGGGAUUUCCAUCUUCUCUGUGCUGGUGUACUUCGCCGAGAGAGACGAGGACGAAUCCGAGCUCCAGACCAUACCCAUCGGAUGGUGGUGGGCCACGAUUACCAUGACCACAGUCGGGUACGGAGACACGUAUCCCGUCACGCUGGCUGGGAAGCUCAUCGGGACGCUGUGCAUCGUGUGCGGCCUCCUGGUGGUGGCGCUGCCCAUCACCAUCAUCUUCAACAAGUUCUCCAAGUAUUACGAGAGACAGAAAGCUCUGGUGGAGUCGGAUCAGUACGCAGGCAACUUAAAAGUUCCCAUUCCAGGGAUUCCUAUGUUCAGCAUGAACGAUCUUUAUGCUAACGGUAACGCGAUUAACUCGAUUUUGGACAGUUUGUCCACCAGAAGCAGCACAGGAAGUGAAAGUGAUGAUAAAGACAAUCAGGACAAUGAGGCUGAAACUCAUGUUGCUUCAUGACUGUUGUUUUUUUGUUGUUGUUGUUUUUUUUAAAUUAGUAGCAAAUUGAACAAACGAGAAGCAACACGCCAGACAGCGUCAUUACCCUGUGCUCACAACAGACCUCAAUCGUUUCCUACAAAAGUGUCAAGCGAGCCAUAUGACAAGCGUCGCUGGGUGAACCAGUGCGGCGCUUGCGUCGAAUUUGUGCGGUUCAUCACAAGCGUCACUACACGACAUCCCUGCUAGCCUUAAUCUGAACAUUCUUCAGCUUGAUGUAGCGCUUAGCAUACAAUGCUAGUUAUAUUUAUGCAAUAUUAUAUCGAACGGAACUAAUCUCUGAGUAAAUGUGGGCGGAGCUAGCGUAAAAUAUUGGAUUUUAGUGGCACAAUGUAAUAUAUUAGCAAUAUUUGUUAAACUAGCCAAAUACCGAACUAGCGUUAGCUAUCGAUUAAAUUAAGUAGCCAGCUAAGUUUUCUAGCUAAUGUUACACGGUCGUAUUGUGAAUCUAAAACCAGAUUUGAUGCUAGCCAAAGAAAUGAGCAAUGGUCCCGCCAACAGGAAGAGGAAGUAACAGAUGCCAUUUUGGCUUCAUGUCCAAGUGAAAAUACGUAGAAGAUUAGCCAGGAGUCUAACUAGCGUCACUGUCGCUAAAUCAAAAACCGUCAAGAUGUCCCUCGGAACGUCUUCCAAGCGCAUAGCUAAAUAAACAAUGCCGCUCCCCCACGUUUUUAAGCUGCACUCGUACCGAAUUUUCUCAUCGCUGUGAGGAUUUCUUCACCGUGGUGGAGCAAAAUCAGGUGACCAUGGCGUGUCCUGCUGUGACUCGUAGUGUAUCGGUGAACACCUUACGUUAGCUAGCAUGCUAGCUAAUCUUAGCUCAUUCGUUAGCGCCCGUAUACCAAUUGUGAAAAAUACAUAUUCGUGUCCAGGCUGUCCUGAAACGAUGGUUAUAAUCAGCUCCUCCAUGUCGGGUCUUCCGGAAAGACGUGACUCCACCCCUUCGCUCGGCGUCGUGUAUAUAUGUUUUGAUUUCAGUCCUGUCUCCUCCACCGCUCAUCGGUGGUUUACUACCCCACCGUGUUCGCCUGUUCCGUGUUUCGCUUUGAUCAGCCUGUUCCUACCCUCGUGUUCCUUUGCCUCGUUGUCGAUAGUUAUCGCGCGUUUCCUUCAGAGGCUUGUAAUGUGAACGCAGGGUUCUACAUACGCUGGACCGCUGGCUCACACUCUUCAGAGCGACUGUAGUGCGCACACACACACACACCCACACACACACACACACACACAGCGCAUUUGUAUUUUCCGCUUGAGUUCUCAGGUCUUGAAAGCUCCCGAUGCGCGUCCGUCUUCCCGCCUGUGGACGCUUUAAUGCACACUUCAACGUGACGUCCAAUCUGUCUGAUCCGAACGGAAUGGUUCCUUGAGAUUCUCGUUCUUCCAAACGUGAGGAAGCAGAAACAUUAAGAAACUGUUUGAUGGCAUGUUCCUUAAAUCCUGCUCGUCUGGACGUAACGAGUGCAUGCGUAUUUCAGACGAUGAGGAGAAGGAGGUGAUGUUCUGACACACAGGUGUGACGGAAGGAAACUUUCGAAAAAAGCUGCUUAAAUCAUGACCUUGACCUUGACCUUGGACUUGGUCCAUCUAUGCAAAACCACCGAGGUACAAAUGAAUAUCUGAUGUGUGCUAAUAUAAUAUAUUAAUAUAAAGAACAUGGUGGAAAAUAAAAAAGAAAACGUUUAUAAUAAAAUCAAACGUGAGUGUCUUAUUAAUCAUCAUCUGAAACGAAAUAAAAAUACGACACAUCCGAUAAAAUCCCAGCUCAAGUGUUCCAGUGGGCGUGGUCUGAUAUUCUAAUAAGAAGACAUUUAAUCGACAGCUUUAUCCUGAUUUCCCGAGCGACAAGCGUAACUGUGUCCGUGAGGGCGGAGCUUAAGUUAGACUUUUUCAGCCAAUCGUGAGACUUGUGACAUCACAGCUAGCUUUUCUUUAAAAUAAAAAAAAAAAAUG